AUGGCUGCCGUUGGACACGCUGAAAUGGACGGUCUGGUGGACAAUUUAAUAGAGGACGAAGCUGAGAGAGACACUCUUCUGGCUAAACCUACCUGCUUCAUAAUUCUUGGAAAACCGGGUAUUGGUAAAUCCACCUUGGCCAAAACCAUAUCCAAAUCUUGGAAAUGUAUACUAAUUGAUGAUACUGAAGUGCUCAACAUGCACAUAAAAAACAAAACAAAGGAAGGCCUAGAGCUCUUGAGCAUCUUAUCUGAGGGGAAAAGUAUACCUGAAGAUUUAGUGCUGUCGCUGAUUCUUGCCAGGCUCAACGCACCCGAUAUUGAGCACUAUGGUUAUGUUCUGAGCUGCCUGCCAUUCAUGUCAGAGAAGUCCCUGAAGAUCCCUGAUCAGAUUGAACUGAUCAAAAACCUAAAACUAUCACCAGAUUUCAUCAUUAAUAUAAAGUGUGCAGGCAAGGACUUGGUCCAAAGGUUGUCUGGUCUGAAGCAGCACCCAGUGACAGGACAGCUGUGUAACAGAGAGGAGUGGACACAUGAAGAAGUGUUCAUCAAGAAGGAGAAGAACAAGGAUCAGGAAGUGAACAAAGAGGAGGAGGAGGAAGAGGAGGAGCAGGAGAAGGAGCAUCAAAAAAAUAUUGUUGACCAGAUGGUGUGGACACCAGAAAAUCUGCUCAGAAAUGCAUCUACCAGAAUCAACAUGUACAACGAGACAAUGCUAAGACCACUGGAGGACUACAUGACAGAGCACAACCCCCUCUACCUGUUGGAGCUCGAUGGAAACAAUACACCAGAAGAGCUACAUUUGUCUGUGAUGACCCGACUUGCAACUAUGGCUUUAAAGCACGUCUCUGUUCCAGUCCUCCUCCACCACCCUGAUGAUGAAGAACUGCCAGAGAACAUUGACAUGGAUGACCUUCUGAGAAUUAUGUCUUCCUCCAGGACAGUGGCCCCCGGCUUUCGGUGGAGAAGGAGCCGAUGGGGCCACACUUGUCCUGUUGCUCUGAAGGAGGGCAAGAUUAUUCCUGGCAAAGCAGAAUUUUCUGUGGGUUUUCAGGACAAGCUGUACAUCCUUUCAUCUCAGGAGACCUACCAAAAGUUUGUCACAAACCCCAGACGAUACUUACUCCAUCCGAUGCCCAGACCCCACUGCAAAGUGUCCAUAGUUGGUCCUCGUCUGGCUGGGAAGAGCACACUGUGUCGGCUUCUUGCUCAGCACUAUGGUGCGGUGGUGCUCGACGUGGAGGAGCUGUCACAGCCAGUUUUAACCAGGGCUGAACAGGAAAAGCUGGACAAAAUCAACAAGGAGACAACACAGGCUGCUAUAAAGAAAAUAAAGAUGAAGAUGAAAGAAGACGAUACACCCAGCUCUGCAGAAGUGACCGAGGAUCAUCCAGAAGUAAAGGCCAUUGUGCUUCAAACCAUGGAGGAAGCCAAACAAAUGAGCACACCUCAUCUGGACCUGUAUGUCAAUGUGCUGAAGAAGUGUAUAAAGGAGAUAGAAGAACUGGACUCAGAUGCCGAGGUCCGAACGGGGUGGGUGCUUGACAACUUUCCCAUCAACAUUUUCCAAAUGAAGGCCUUACAGGAAGCUGGACUCCUGCCAGAUAUGAUUUUCUGUCUCAGAGACAGUGACGGACAUCACGCAGUUUUGAAGAGAAUCUACGAGAUAGAAAAGGAAAAUGUGAACAAAGCCAUCAAGGAGAGGCUGCAGAAUGAAAUGGAUCAAAGGAUAAAAGAAAACUUAAAACAAAAGGAGGAGCAAUCAGAGGCACAUUCCACUCUAGAAACAGUUACUGAGGAGACCAAUGAAGAUCAGUCUGAUAGCAUCAGUUCUGCAGACCCUGACACGUUAAAUCAAAACGCUGUAGCACCGCAGAAUGACUUGAAGCUGGGAUAUCCAGAUGUCCCAGAGAUGAAGGAAUAUAUACUGCAGAUGCAGCAGUUUGAUGGGGAUUUAGAUCAGAUGCUUUCUGCUUUAAAUGACAACAACUGUGUCCUGGAGAUUGGCAGCAAAACCCCAGAGAGCUUGCUUCAAUACUUGAUUCAACAGAUGGAGAAACCAUUUCAGUAUGUGGCUUGGAAGUUGUCUUCCUUUGACCUGGAUGAAGAAGUUGAAGAUGCUGAGGCUUCAAAGGCAUUUGAAGAAGCAGAGGAAGAGAGCAGUGAUGACUAUGCUAAAGAGGAACAGGAUGAUGAGGACAUCCAAAUAUCCAAAAGAUCGUUAGGUGAUACCAAGCAUUUCUGUCCGGUCGCCCUAAAAAUCCACAAUGUUCUGUGGCCGUGCACAGAUGAAAUUUCUGCCAAAUAUCGUGAGAAGACUUUUUACUUCUCCAGCCUGGAUGCCAGAGACGCCUUCCUUCUCAACCCUGCUCAGUUUGUUGCUCAGACUGAGCCUCUUCAGCCUCCUGCACUGAGAAUCGUUUUGCUGGGAGUCAGAGGGUCAGGCGAGUCGACUGUUGGCAGAUGGCUCGCACAGAAGCUGGGGCUGUUCCACAUAGAGUUCAGAGAGCAGCUCCAAAUGUUGAUCAUAGCCAAGACAAAGAAAAGGAUUCCUUAUGAUGAUGAGGUAAUGCUUCUGGAGGAGGAAUCUAAAGACCUGGAAGUCUUAAUAAAGGAAACCAUGAAGGGAGACCAACAGGAAAAGGAAGAUAACUCUGACCGCGUAAAUGACACAGAGGAUGUGUCCAUGACUGAAGAAGAAACUGCCAUCAAAGCCUACCUAUCUAGUGGAGUUCAACUAAGUCCAGAGAUUCUGGAUAUGGUUCUCGCACCCUACUGGAAACAAGAACCAUACUUGUCCACGGGGUUCAUCUUGGAGGGUUUUCUUUCUGAUUCCAAACAGGUCCAGUACAUGUUGGAGAGAGUGUUUUUCCCUGAUGUAGUCGUAGUCAUGGAAGUGGAUGUCACUGACGUUCAGAAGCGCCUGUUGCCAACCUACCUUGGCAAAUGGCGUGACCUCCUCAAUAAGCGUGACCAACAAAUGCAACUCUUGCGUGAUCUGCGCAAAAAGAACCUGGAAGAGAAAAUUUCCAAAAGAAGGGCAGACCUCAUGGCAGAGCAAGAACAAAAAAAAGAUGAAUUUAGGAAUAACUUGGAAAAAGAUGACGAUGAAGAAGGCGAUGAUGCACACAGCAUUGAAGACCAGAUAGAGGAGAUACUCAGAGAAGAGUUUCCCUCAGAAGAUGACGAUGAAGAGAGGGAAGAUGAGGAGACCGAAGAGGCAGCGACUGAGAGGCUGGAGACUGAAAUAGAAGAACGUUUUGGAACCGAUGAAAAGAACCUUGUAACUGUGACGGAACUCCUGAGUGAGCAUAACAUCCCCAAAAUGGUGAUCAAUGCAUCACGCAAGCUCCACCUCAUUCAGCAUCAUCUGCUCCAGAUUAUCCAGCCCCUGCUGACCAACAGGGAGUCACUCUUCCAAACAUGCCAGCCCAUCUCAUACAGCCUCGCCCAGAAGCUGCUGUUCUCCACCUACAAGCUUCACAGUGCCUUCGGCUGCUGGGACCCCAUCCAGCUAUACGAAAACAGAGACAUGAUUCAGCCUUUGCCGUGGCCUCUCAGCACCAUGUAUCCCCUCCUCCUCAGUCGGUAUAUCUACUUUUUUGCAUCCAUUGAGAACCUCAACAAAUUUAUGCUCCACCCCUUAAAAUACCUUCGCCAACCAAAGCCCACUCCUACACUCCCUAUAAAACUAGCUGUAAUUGGACCUCCCAAAUCUGGGAAAACUACAGUGGCAAAGCUGCUUGCUAAAAACUAUGGCUUGGCUCGACUGUCCAUUGGUGGUGUCAUGCGUAUGGUACUGAACAAUCAAGGACACACUAAUCUGGCAGACCAGAUGAGAAGCUACCUUACGCAGGGUCUUAUUAUACCUGAUGAAUUGGCCAUUCAGUGUCUGGAGGUGGCACUCCUAAGUUCAGUCAGCAGCAUUCAGGGAUAUGUUCUGGAUGGUUUUCCGGUGACCCUCAAGCAGACUGAACUGAUGGGAUCUCACAGAAUCAUCCCCAUGCUGGUGGUAGAGCUUGAACUUGACACGUUGGAGGUGCUAAAGAGAGGCCAAAUAGACAAGAUGAACCCCAACAAGCCUUAUCUGAUGCAUGACAACUCUGACAUCCUCAAAAGCUGCACUUCCUGUUAUAAGAAGCAGGCGGAGCACAUAAGGCAAUACUUCCAACAGCAGCAUCAGAACUGGUUUAAUCUUGAUGGCUUAAAGAGCAAGUGGUGGCUCUGGACCAACAUUAUGAAGGAAGUCAGCAUCAGCAUGAAACAUAUCCAGUCUUACUUAGAAAAGACACAAAGUGGACAAGCUGCCAGCAUCAAUAGGUUGUGCAUCACCCCCAAAGAGUUGAACUGCAGGCUUGGAGAGUUUGGUCAGUACUGUCCUGUCUGCUUGGCUCUACAGCACCACCUGGUGGACGGCUCAGACAAUGCAGCCUUGACUCACGCGGCAGAGUACAGGAGGCGUUAUUACAAGUUAUGUGGCAAAGAACAUCUAGAGAAGUUCCUGUCAACACCUGAUCAAUUUGUGGCACCCAGCUGCCCCCACGCCCUCCCACAGCCCCCCCUGCUGCCAAGAAAGUUGACUGAGAUCCAGGUGAAGAGCAAGUUCCCACAGGAGGCUGAAAUGAAGGGCUUCUGUCCUGUCACUUACAUGGAUGGGAAACAAAGAUAUGAAGCUCUGGUUCAAGGAAAAAUGGAAUAUGCAGUGGAAUACAGAGAAAGGAUCUAUGUCUUUCAAACAAAAGAGAAACAGGAAACAUUUCUGAGAACUCCUGAAACCUACUGGGACCAGAAGCUUCCCCAUAAAGUUCCUCCUCUUCCUGUGCCCGUUUCCCUCACCUCCCUUCCCACAUUGAGCUACCUGGAACAGGGCGUUGCAGUCGCUGUGAUUAAGGCCAUGACAGCUGUUGGGACUCUCAAACCAAAAUACCCCUUUCUCAGCAUCCAAAGGUCAGCUCUGCUCUACGUGGCCUUCUAUUUAAAAGCUUUCAACCAGAAAAGCACACACCAUAACCGCCAGAUGUACAGAAAGAAGCUUGCCUUGUUUGAAGAGAAUUGCGAGCUCAUUCCUCUCCUCAGUUCAGCAAUGGGAGGAAACUACAGACCUCCCAGUGAACGUCCCGUAGAUUUCACUUUCAAACUGAACAGAUUCUUGGUACUGGGAGUCCCAGGAGCAAAUAGUAUUCUGUAG